AUGAUUUGGAAAUUAUCCUUGCUGUUCUUGUAUUGGACUUUGGACCUUCAGUUUGUGCUUUCCUUAAAAGAAGUGUCGUUAUAUAAGCAUCCGUUAAGAAUGCCAUGUCGCUUUCCAGUAAAACGACAAACGUACGUGCGUGAUCCGUUAGACUGCAGCAUCUUCUACACAUGUUACGGCAACCGUUAUUGGAAAAUGACUUGUGAAACGCCGCAUACGAUUUGGUCGCUCAAAUACAAAGUCUGCGUGUGGCAGAAUACGGCGUUCGACGAUUGCAACUAUUCCGAGACGAAUACGCAAGCACCACCACAAAUUGAUAUUCAACAACGCGACCAAGACGUUACCGAUAAGAAGACAAAGCCCGAGCCGUGGGAGAAGACCUCACGGCACUGGGUUACCUGGAAAACUGAUUCUACUCUGUACCCAUAUACCCCUUUUGUACCCUUCACCACUACCCCUGCGCCACGAAUAACACCAAUUCAGCCACCCAGCACAACACCAAUCUUUAAGCAGCAAACCACCAAGAACUCGCUGUGGUACAAACCCGCCACGCACAAGCCAACCACCCAUAAACCACUUUUUGUCUGGGAAAGGAAGACACCGAAACCUAGAUUCACUUGGCGCUUAGAUAAGCAAGUUACAACCCCAAGAAGGUUCAACCUCAGACCCGUGACGAAGCAACCAUUUACGUGGAAACCACCAACGACUCAACGACCACCUGCGACGAGACGGCAGACUACGGCUCAACCAACAACUUAUAGGCCUACAACUCCACGACCAGUGCGAACAACACCGCGACCCAAUGCAACUCCAAGGGCAACCACCCGGCGACCUACAACGCCACGGCCAACGACACAAAGACCAACAACGCGACGUCCUACGACACACAGACCAACGAAAAGGACUACGCCAAGACCAACAACCCGACGUCCAACGACGCCACGUCCGAACAGAAGAAUCACACCAAUUCCAAGCAACACCCCAGCGCCGAUAUUUAUAUGGACGCCGCGACCCAAGACAGCCAGACCCAGGUCCAUCUUUACCUUUAAUCCAAAACUAUGGAAGCAGAGAACAUGGCGACAUUUCACGAAGGUACCAACGACUGUAAAACCCAAAACACAAAGUCUUCCCUCUUCUAGACGACCGUUCUGGAACAUCAUUACCAAAAGACCAGUUAUAUGGUUACCAAGGAAAACUCUGGUCCCACAGGUGCCGACUUUACCGGAAGUGAACAACCCAAAACCAAUUCCCGGACCAAUAACAACAUUUUCUCCAAUCUUCUGGAAAAGGAUCACGAAAAGUCCGCUAUUAAAACUUCCGGAAACGCAGAAAUCUCUGUCCAUCUUUCCCCAGCCGUUGCCAUCAAUUACGACCAAGGUGCAGACAACGAAACGUCCACCCACGACCAAACGACCACCGACCACAACGCCACUUCCAGCAACUACGAAGCGACCUACAACAAAAAUUCGAUCCACAACGUGGUUACCUAGGAUAACAUGGCGGCCAACAACAAGACCUACAGCAUCUACAAUUCCGUCAACGACUACGUCCAUUACAACUACAUUAGCUACGACCAAAUCUCUGAUCAACGAACAUCAAACGGAGAUGAAGAAUCCAUGGAAAAGUUUUUCCACUCCGUCCACGACUCCGAUCAUUCCGGACGAACCUGCGACCAUAGAUUGGGGAUCGGAUAAAGAUUUUGAAGGGAACGAGAUCGUAGACGAAUCUACGACCCCUCAGAUUAUUGCUAACGAAAGAAAUUCGGGUAAGAAAACGAUUUUCUUAAUUGCGUUUCCAUGGUUUUAG